AUGGACGACGAGCUUGAAGAUAAAAUACUAUAUCAGACAUACUUAUCUUAUAUGAAAUUAGUAUCAAAAUUUGCAGUGAAUAUACCCACUUCAAGUAUUAAUACACCAAUAAGUUAUUUUUGGCACUUUGCACGCAGAUAUUUUAUUAAACCUGAAAUGUUGCUAUUGAGUAUAACAUUAUUCAUAAUGUUUAACUAUCUGCAAACCGUUGAAAUAUGGCGAACAAAAUUAUUAGGAAAAUUUCAGUAUACACUUGAACGAACUAUGUCAAAGUUUCUGGUAAAUGAUUCUUCUAUUGAAAAAUCUGGCUGGGAAUUAAAACAAGCUACUACAGCAGCAUAUGCUAUUCAAGGUAAAAGACGUCAAAUGGAAGAUCGUUUUGUAGUAAAUAAUAAUAUAAGUAAUACAGGUGUUUCAUUAUUUGCCAUAUUUGAUGGUCAUGCUGGCGAGUUUGCAGCAAAUUAUGCACGCGAUAAACUUAUACCAAAUAUUAGUGAGCAAGUAGUUAAAUUAAAAAAUAUAAUAUCUGGAAAUACUUCUGAAAUCGUACAAAUAAAUAAAAAUUCAGUAGAUAAAAACAUAAAAAAUCAAGAAAGUUUUAAAAUUAGUGCUAAUUUAAGCGAAAGAAGAAAAUCACUACAUAAAACUAGUUUAUCAACGGAUGAUUCUACCAAAAAAAAUAUUGGUAUUACAGAUCCUGAAUUACUUGAUAAACUUGAUAGCCUUUCAAAAUCUAUUACUAGACAGGUAAGACCAAGUCGUACUGACAAUGUAGAAAAUUCUUCAAAAGUUGAUAUAGCUACUUAUCUAGAUGGAAACAAAAUUAAUUAUGGACGAUUAUUAACUGAUCAAGUUCUUGCAACAGAUAAACAAUUAGUAGAUGAUGCCAAGAAAAAAAUGGAUAUUGCAGGUACAACAGCGUUGAUUGCUCUUUUAGAAGGUAAUAAAUUAAUUGUCGCAAAUGUAGGAGAUUCUAGAGGAGUUAUGUGUGAUGGGAAAGGUAACGCUAUUCCGUUAUCGUUUGAUCACAAACCACAACAGCAAAGAGAGAAAAAUAGAAUAUAUAAGGCAGGUGGAGUUAUUGCUUUUAAUGGUGUGUGGAGAGUUGCUGGUAUUUUAGCCACAUCACGAGCUUUAGGAGAUUAUCCUCUCAAAGAUAAAAAGUUAGUUAUAGCAGAACCAGAUAUCUUAACAUUUGAUCUUAAUGAUCACAAACCAAUGUUUAUUAUAUUAGCAACUGAUGGUUUGUGGGAUACUUUUUCAAAUGAAGAAGCUGUAGCUUUUAUAAAAGAACGUAUUGAUGAACCACAUUUUGGAGCUAAAAGUAUUACACUUCAAAGUUACUACAAAGGAUCUUUAGAUAAUAUUACAGUGAUUGUAAUUAAGUUCAAAAAUCGUGAAUGUAAUACAAACAUAAAUGAAACAUCAAUAUGAUUAGUAAAUUUUUUGUUUUUUUAAGUAUUCUAGUCAGAUGUUAUCAAUUGCUUAUGUAUAUUACAGGGAUUUGUAAUUGA